GCGCAAUGAGCAUCCUCUACGUCUUCUAUGGGCUCGUGUCCACCGCCCUGGCCGAGCAUGCCACUCAGAGCAAGCUCUACCACGUCCGCACUGACGUCAUCACCAAGCACGAGCCCGUGCCGUACCCUGUGGAGGUCAUCAAGCACGUGCCUUACCCUGUCAAAGUACACGUAGAUCGUCCGGUGCCUUAUCAUGUCGACAAACCGUACCCAGUCAAAGUGGAGAAGGAAGUGCAUGUACCCGUACAUGUACAAGUACCUCAGCCAUACCCCGUCUACAAGGAAGUCCAAGUACCCGUCAAGAUACCAGUCGACAAUCCGGUACCAUACCACGUAUCCAAACCUGUGCCAGUCCUAGUUCAAAAAGAAGUGCCUUACCCAGUCGAGAAGGAAGUUCCGGUUCCAGUAAAACAGUACGUCGAAGUUCCGAAGCCGUAUCAUGUUCAUGUCACAGUGGAAAGGAAGGUUCCUUAUCUUGUCGAGAAGAAAGUACCCGUUCCAGUUGAAGUAUCAGUGGACAAACCGUAUCCAGUCGAGGUACCGAAGCCAUACCCAGUGACAGUUGAGAAAAAGGUACCUUAUAUUAUUGAGAAGAAGGUUCCUUACGCUGUACCUGAGUACUUCCAUGGAGCUAGUCGAGAGCUGUUCCAGUCUGGACACAACCCCUGGCUCGGAAACCAACUGGAGGCCCGGAGGGAGAUCCCUAUUUACGAACCCCAGGAAGAGGACGUCUCCCAGGGGCACUGA